GGCAAACAGAACUCACAGGACCAAUCGCAUGGUAGAAAAUCUAGAAUCCAGAUCCUCAGUUCUCACACAGUAGUGUAGAAAACUAGAAAUCGCCAUUGAAGUGCAAGCAACGGAUCUCCCAGUCCUUCGUCUACAAUUAUUGCAGCUACUCUCUCUCUAUCGAUCGCUCCAAGCUGCACCAGCCAAAGAAAGAGAACAUAAAAGAAAAAUGCCUUACCGGAGAAUCAUAGAGGUGGAGCCGCCGAGUCCGUUAAGAUAUAUUAUCGGCGCAGCGAUAAUGAUGAUUGGAGUGGUCUUACCCGUCGGUUACCUGAUGUUUCGUACCAAGCGUGUCCCUGCUUCUUCCUCUUACACCAAACAGACGUAGGAACAAAGUUUUGAUAUAGAGGAUUGGGCAAGAGACACUUCGAUUGGAUACAAUUCUUAGCCGAUUGAGUUUGAAGCAAAUGCAAAAACAAUGUGGUCUUGACUGAUGUGAAAAUAUAAAUGUAAAUGCGCUGAAACUGCAAUUUUGUUAUAUUUGCUGUUGGAUUUCUAAUUUGAGUUUAUAAAUAUGUGGUUUGAUUUAAAACUGAAAUUUUGUUUUAGCUGGGAAUUCUAAUUCAAGUUCGUAACAUGUAAUGUGUGGUUUGAUUGGAUAAUUUGAUCUUUAGUUUUGAUCAAAUGGAGGAUCUAUUCUGAUAUUCAUUGUGAA